AUGGGAUCCCCUAUAUCCCCGGUUCUGGCUGACAUAUUCAUGGAAGAGUUCGAGCAGACCGCCAUCGCCACAGCAGACCACCGCCCCAAGAUCUGGCUCCGAAAGGAGGAUGGAAGUCUUGCCCGGAGGGUUUAUCGCAAGCCCACCCACAUCGACAGGUACCUCAACAGCGCCUCCUUCCACCACCCCAAAAUCAAGUCAUCGGUCAACAGCACCCUCAUCCACCGAGCCUACAACAUCUGCGACCAACAGCACCUACACAAGGAACUCCACCACAUCUCCACGGCACUCCAACGCAACGGAUACCAUCCCAAGCAGAUCAAGACUCAAGACCCAAGAUCAAGUCCCCCUCCCGGCCGACGCACCUCCCACCACAUCCAGCAUAUCCUGAGCAAGUACAACAUCAAGGUGUUCCACACAGCUCCCCUCAAGAUCCACGGGAUGCUGACUUCCCAUAAGGACAGGCAAGAUCCACACCGCCGACCAGGUAUAUACAAGAUCCCCUGCCAGUGUGGCGAAGUGUACAUCGGAGAGACUAGUAGGGACCUCCCUACCAGGAUCAAAGAACGCAAAGCCCAUGGCAGGAAGGGGGACUAUGAGAAGUCAGCCAUCAUCAAGCAUUCCCACGCCGAAGACCACUCCAUCAACUGGGAAGAAGCCCACCUCAUCGCAAGCAUAGAACAGUGGUACCCAAGACGCAUUAGAGAAGCCUUGGAAAUCUUCAAACACCUUACCGUGCUUCAAGACAUCGGCUUCUCCAUCAGCGACAUCUGGCAGCCCCUGCUCACCUCCUGGUCUGAUGGGUCCUCUAUACCCUAG